CUCCAAUAUUUCUUAUUUGAAGUAUUCACAGAGAAUUUCGAAAUUACUCAAAUGAAGUAUCUGUUCACACAUCAUAAGUCCAUCAUGCUAAAGGGACUCAAUUGCACGUAUAUCGCAUACAUUCAGUUAUUCAUAAAGCAUGUUUGUAUGUGCCAUCAUUCGCAAACAUCACUUACUAAUGUGCUAACAACAAACAAAAUCACGGUGAAGUCCAAUCAGAAAUUUUGUUGUUACGAGCGUGUUAAUAUAAAUGCAUGCAUAUUUGGACGGAUAGACAUUGUCAAGGUUUUCGCGUCUCCUUCUGACAUUCAUUGCAAUGAACCUGAUCAUAUUCUCAUCUGUCUGUGUCAUGUGAAUUCUGAGAUUAUCAAGAUUCCUUUGCAUCCUGUGACUGGAAUCAGUUCAAUGCUGACUCCAUAUCGGAAACUGUUCAGGUUAUUACAACAAAGCUGGGUGAAUUUAUUGAAUGUCGGAGAUACACCAAAAUCAGAACCGCUGUAUAAUUAUGACAAUAUUCAGUACUACGGGGAAGUGCUUGUGGGAACGCCACCACAAAAGUUUCGUGUACUCUUCGACACAGGAUCAACCGACACCUGGCUACCGUCAAGAAAAUGUUGGCUUCUUGAUAUUCCAUGUUGGUUCAUUCGAUUCUACGACAGUUCAAAAUCAUCCACCUACCAGUCGAAUGGUACCAAAUUUAAUAUCAGUUAUCUCAAAGGUAGUUACUCUGGAUUUUGGAGUAUGGAUACAAUGCAGAUAAGCUCCUUAGUCAUUCGCAAUCAGGCGUUUGGUGAAGUGACAAAUGUGUUUUCCGACGAUUUCUUUGGUAGUAAGUAUGAUGGAAUCGUUGGUUUGUCAAGGAGAAAUGUGUCAAUAUAUGGGAACACUCCAUUCUUCCCGAAUAUACUCUCUCAAUCAUGGGAUAUGGACCCAGUAUUUUCGUUCUAUUUGAGUCGGAAGAAUGGUCAUGUCGGUGGAGAGUUGGUGAUUGGUGGUGUCAAUCCUGAAUAUUUUAUCGGAGAUUUCGAAAACUUGCCUGUCACUUCUCAUGACCGUUGGUCUGUUGUAAUCAAAAGCAUGAAGAUAGGCGGAAAGGAUUUUUGCCUUGGAUCGUGCAUUGGUAUUAUAGAUACUGGAACGUCUUUAAUACUGGGACACAGUCGAGUGGUUCGUGCGGUUAAUACCCAUCUUCAUGCCAGAUGGAGUGGUGAAGGAGAGUAUUCAGUCAACUGUAAUAAUAUUGACAAGCUCCCCUCAGUUGAAUUUGUUUUCAGGAAGAGGACAUAUGUAUUUACCCCGAAGGAUUACGUAGUUAUGGUGGACAACUGGCUCUAUACAGACUGUACAUCACCUUUUGCCAGCAAUCAUAAAUUAUCCUCUGGAUAUUGGAUUCUUGGAAAUGUGUUCAUGAGCAAGUUUUAUACUGUAUUCGAUUUCGGUGAGUCACAGAUAAGAUUGGCUGAUGUUCACGAUGACUAAACCUCAUUGUACUGGAUCCUGUAAAUCACUGAAAAUAAACAAAUUU